CAUCAUGGUGGGCAGAACCGAAUCCACCAUGAAUGAUCCCAAUUACCUUCUGUAUGGCAACAAUGGCAAUCUGGCCGCUCAAUCGCGUCCCCGCCGAUCGUCGGCCUCGACCUCUCACUCAGAUUCUGGGUCUGAAGAUGAGAGGGAUGCAUCCAAGAAACGUAAAAGGGCUAUGAAUGUCACAUGCGAAGCAUGUAAACAACGAAAGGUCAAGUGUGAUCGCGCCCAGCCCGCCUGUGGGUGGUGUUCUAGAAAUGAUAAUCCAUGCGAAUAUAAAGAGAGGAAAAAGCCCGGCCUAAGGGCAGGCUAUGGACGUGAGCUUGAAGCAAGGCUUGACGAGCUCGAGACUCUUCUUCAUGAGCAAGGUCGGCAGCUAGCUGAGCAUCUCAAAGCAUCGUGUGGCCCCAGUUCCAAGGCUUCUAUAUCUGGGGUCAAGGAUAACAUUACCCACCCUAACGAUCAGGCUGUUAGCCCUGAGCAUCAGCAUCGAGCUAUCUUCGAACCGCAGGCAACGCACUUCGGUAUUGAUGGCACCUUCCAGAACCAGCCUCAAGUUCUUGAUCCCACGCUCAAGCCUUCGACAUCCCGCCAGAAUUCCUUGCAGUGCCUUUCAGGGUUUCAAUCACAACCCCUUCCGGACAGCCAAGGCAUACAGGCUUCGAGCUACUAUACUCCCUCUGCACAAUCCCUCACUUCACCUCACUCGGCUGGUGCAUACCAUGGUACACAAUCUCUCAAUGACCGCUUUGCAUUGCUUCCGCCAUAUGACAUGCUAUAUUCCUUCGUUGAUCUUUACUUCAAGCACAUCAAUGUCUGGUUUCCUUUGCUUGAUCGAAAAAGCACGCUCGAUACGCUAUUUGGACCUUCAGCCUUGGACGAGCCAGACAGGGUCUUGUUACAUGCAAUAGUUGCAACAACUCUCCGUUUCUCAACCGACCCUCGACUCACUACUCAAAGCAGACAGCAUUAUCAUGAUACGUCAAAGCAACGUGUUCAAUUGUUCGGCCUAGAGAACUCAAACGUCCGAGCCUUGCAAGCUCUGAUAAUCCUUGCUCUGGACAUCACUGGAACGACUAAUGGGCCACCUGCAUGGAAUCUGCUGGCUCUGAUUAGCAGAAGUAUGGUUCAACUCGGUCUUGCGAUGGAGCCCACCUCCUCCCGAACUUCACCAAUGUAUCCUUCUAUUGCGACGUUGAGGGCCUGCGUGUUGGCCGAGCCAAAAACCUGGAUCGAGGAUGAGGAGCGACGCCGCUUGUUUUGGGCCAUCUAUAUCCUGGACAGGUAUGCCACUGUGGCUACUGCUUUCGAUUUUGCGCUGGAUGAAAGGGAGGUGGACCGCAAACUGCCCUGUCGAGAUGAUCUUUUCGCUGCCAACAAGUUCGUCGAGACCAGAUGGUUUCGACCGCAGGAACGCACACGGUAUGCGACUGCACUCGCGGAUAAUCACGGGCACUUUUCCUACCAUUGUGAGCUUAUGGCUAUUCUGGGUCAGGUGCAUCAGUUUCUGAAACGACCUGUCGAUAUUGGUUCUCUGUCUGAUGUAGAACAAUGGCAGUCAUCCUAUCGUGCACUUGAUAGCGAUUUGAAUGCAUGGCACUUCAGUCUGCCAGAUGAUUUCGCAAGCGUCACUCGAUACAUCAAAAGCAAUGUUCCCGCUAAGAAUAUCAGCUGCGGGUGGGUGAUGCUGCAUGCGGCAUACUAUCUCACCGUGAUCCGGCUGAAUUCGUCGGCAGCAUACCCAAGCCAGACAUCGCCGAUCUUCUCAUCAUCUUACAGCGCCAUGCAGCGAUGUGUAUCAGGUGUCGACAAUUUACGCCAGUUGUGUCAUUUUGUCAGGCUCAGUAACCUGCUUGAUAAACUUGGACCUCCUUUUGCAUUUGCCGUCUGGGUUGGAGCUCGUGUCACACUGGUUCAUGGCUCCACUAUGGAUCAUGAAGUGGACCCCGACAUCGACUCACUUGUUGCCACUCUUUCGGAGAUGGGAGAACAGUGGCAAGUUGCAAAAAGGUAUAGUGAAAUUCUCAGCAGAGUGUUGGAAGAGUAUCGCCAGUCGCAGAAGACAAGUGGAGUGACCGGAGAGAGAGUGACACCGUCGACGGUGAAGAUACUGGCCGACAUGCGAAGGUGUGCUUAUGAUCUUGACUUUCUGAUAUCUCGCCAGCCCCAUGCUGCUGUUAUCAAGUCAUACCAUCCGACUAGGGCCAAUACUCCAGCCCCUAACGAGCUCGAGUAUCUCGAUGUUUUCGACCUCUUCAACUUUCCACGGCCUCCGAUUGGUCAGGAGAUGCUGGAAACCCCCCAACCGCAGUCAAUGGGCGAAGCAGCCCCCGAUAUUUCGUUGAUCAAUGGUGCUUUGAUACCCAAUUUCGCAGUUCCCAACCCGGACACCGACUGGCUAUUUCAUGCUAGUUAGUGGCAGUGUCUCGAGGACAGGGUAGAUGUGACGCGACAAUCCGUGAUCGAUGUUGAGAGGAAUACGUAUGAAUCGAUUGUUCUGGAACAUGUAUGGCUGGAGAAGAAGUCAUCACGCCAUUGACGCUUUUAGUUGUGGCCCUAGGCGAGGCUGGUAGGGCCAAUUCGUAUCUUCAUACGGCGUUCGGAACGUCCCGCCUCAGAAACAAUCGGUAUGAUGGACCUCUUCUGCGAUCUGUUGCUAGAAUCGGCCUUAGACUUAAGUCUGACUUGUAAGGAGCAUCGAUUCAGCCUUGUGCUAGGCCAGGUUAGAGCAAAGGUUGGCUAUCGGGCG